GACGACAUCAAAAAGGAGACAAGGACGUACGGGCUCAUGGGAGAACAUGUGAUUCUCCGUAGAGUAGAUGUGAUCAAUGGGCGUAGAAGGAAUGGCUACCAUACUGACAAGAAAAAGGGAGAAUGUGGUACUGGUGAGGGAGAAAUGUGGGAAACUGGAGUUGACAUAUGCUUAUAAAAUCAAAGACGAGACCACCGAAAGAGACAGACGAGACAUCCGAGAGGACCAACGGAUGGAUAAUUGACGUCAGAUGAUUCAGGGGCGGAGACGAUAUCUCGAACAAUAUUUAAAGCCUAGGAACUAUGAGGGGAAUAGCAACUCACACAACAUGUCGAACGAACACACUGUCACUGCAUGCCUGGUAUCAUUUGCGCAGCAAAACGGCUUUGUAGACGUGCAACUAAAUGAAGGGCAACUCACACAACAGAAUCUAUUCUCGGCUGGAAGAAAAUUUUUCAGACCAGAAGCGCAACUAAAAGGAGCCAGAAUAGCUUAUUCGAAUGGUGGCGAGAGCGAAGGGGAGCCGUUUGACAUGAUAGUAUUAUACGACCAAGGGCUCCAUGGAAAAGGGGCAUGCCCUUACCUUGCGUUCAAGUCAAUCAACAGGAGCGCAAUCAUCAAUGUUAGCAGAGGGGACUAUAUGGAAGUCAUGAGAGCCGUCGAAUUUAUCAUAGCCAAGGUCCCACCUGAAGUCGGGGAAGGAGAAGGAUCUGCGGCCAAGGACAAAGAAGAGAUGGCGGCUGCCUAGAGCGCCGAUCAAAAGGUAGCGACUGCUAAUGUCGAGGGCAGCAAUGACAUUACCUUCUUGAGCGCGUUGAAGGUCUCCGGAAGAGUGUUGAGUAAUGGUGAUUAAGAUUGAAAUAGAUGGUAUUGGAUGUAGAGAAAGAUCGGUUAAAUACUCUGCAUAAUAUAUGCAGGACAAAGCUGAAGGGGACGAUGGCA